CGCGGUUCGCAGCCGGUCUGAGGGGCGGCUCCGUCGAUGGCCAGCUUUCCCCCGAGUGUUAACGAGAAGCUCAUUGGAAGGUCACGUGCAGUAGGAGAGCUUCUAGCCCCGAUUUCUCCUUUUGACAAGAAGUGUGGCCGUGAAAACUGGACUGUUGCCUUUGCGCCAGAUGGCUCCUACUUCGCUUGGUCACAAGGCCACCGCAUAGUAAAACUGGUUCCCUGGUCGCAGUGUCUUAAUAACUUUUCAUUGCAUGGCGUAAAAUUUUUUGGAAACGCAAGCCAGUCCAGACUUUCAAGACAGAAUAGUGAUGGUGACCAGAAGUCCAAGCCCCGUGAGCAUUCCAUAGAUUGUGGGGACAUUGUCUGGAGUCUUGCUUUUGGGUCUUCUGUGCCUGAAAAGCAAAGUCGCUGUGUCAAUAUAGAAUGGCAUCGGUUCAAGUUUGGACAAGACCAGCUUUUGUUGGCAACGGGCUUAUCCAAUGGGCGUAUCAAAAUAUGGGAUGUCUACACAGGAAAGCUCCUCCUUAACUUAAUGGACCAUACUGAAGUUGUCAGAGAGUUAACUUUUGCCCCUGAUGGGAGCCUCAUACUAGUAUCUGCCUCAAGAGACAAAACGCUAAGAGUGUGGGACCUAAAAGAUGACGGAAAUAUGAUGAAAGUAUUAAGAGGGCACCCGAACUGGGUUUAUAGCUGUGCUUUCUCUCCAGAUUCUUCCAUUCUCUGCUCUGUGGGUGCCAGUAAAACAGUGUUGCUUUGGGAUAUGGAUAAAUACUCCCUCAUCCGGAAACUGGAAGGCCAUCACAAUGAUGUUGUAGCCUGUGAGUUUUCUCCUGAUGGAGCUUUACUGGCUACUGCAUCGUACGACACUCGUGUUUCUGUGUGGGACCCCUAUGUUGGAGUCAUUUUGAUGGAGUUUGGGCAUCUGUUUCCUGCUCCUUCUCCAAUAUUUGCUGGGGGAGCAAACGACCGAUGGGUCAGAGCUGUAUCUUUUAGCCAUGAUGGACUCCACAUUGCAUCUGUUGCUGAUGAUAAGAUGGUGCGAUUCUGGAGAAUUGAUGAAGACCACCCUGUGCAAGUUGCACCAUUAAGCAAUGGGCUUUGCUGUGCCUUUUCUACAGAUGGCAGUGUUUUAGCUGCUGGAACACAGGAUGGCAGUGUGUACUUCUGGGCCACCCCCAGGCACGUCUCCAGCCUCCAGCACUUGUGUCGCAUGGCAAUCAGGAGGGUGAUGCCCACCAGUCAGGUCGAAGCCUUGCCAGUUCCUUCCACAGUGGUGGCUUUUCUUUCCUACCGUUCUUAGAAAGAAAACGGAGGGAAGGGGCAGCUUCUGAAUGUGAUAAGACAACACC